CUCCUGAAUGACUCAUGUUUGACUCUGUACAUGGUUCUAUGUACGARUCAUCUAUAACCUUUUUUCCAUUAAUCUCUUGACUCAUUUUUGACUCACCUCUGACUCAUUUCUGACUCAUGUACCGCUCCACGCGUGUCUCUGUGAAUGACUGUCGGCCCUGUUGUUGCUUGCAGGACUUUGGGAUGGCUGAGGAGUUUGCUACCAAGGCGCUAGAGUUGAAAUCCAAAUCGUACGAGGCCUUUUACGCCAGAGCCCGCGCCAAGCGCAGCAGCAGGCAGUUCCACGCAGCCCUGGAGGACCUGAAUGAGGCCACCCUCCUUUGCCCCAACAACCGGGAGAUCCAGCGCCUGCUGCAGAGGGUGGAGGAGGAGUGUCUUCAGUUCGAGGAGCAACAGGAGCUGGACCCUCCCCCAUCCCCUCCCAGAGAGCAGGCCGCGCCCCCUCCCCAGUCCCUGGAGCCCCGCCUGGAGGACAUGCAGCCAGUGCAGGACCUGUUGGACGAGGACUACCUGGAGCAGGACCUGGAGAGCCUCCCCAUGGGCAUGACUCCCGAGCCCCGCUCAAGCCCCUCUGGCCUGCCCCUCAUCCAGAGCCUGCCCCCCUCCCCGGGCCACCGCAACUCGCCCUACCUCUCCGGAGGCCCCUCCAUGGUCCAGGCUUUCGAGCUGCCCCCUAGCCCCCCUUCCAUGUCCUCCCCCACACGCCAAGGCUACCAGUCCACCUCCCCAUCACUUUCCCCGACGCACCAGAGCUCCCACUACCGGCCCAGCCCUCCGCACACCUCCCCAGCCCACCAGGCUUCCGCUACGCUAUACAACUUCAGCCCACCACCUUCGCCUCUCCGCCGGGGGCCUCAGUACCGCGCCAGCCCCACCUCAGAGAGCGGAGGAGGUCUGUACCGGCCACAGUCGGCCUCAGCCCGCUACCAGUCGGAGCAGAUACCCGGCCGGCCGAAGUCUCCGCUGUCUAAGAUGAGCAGCCAGCGCUCCUUCCAGCUGCCCUCCCAGCAGCAGCCUCCCCAGCAGGGCCAGUGGCUGCAGCCUGCCAAGGCCCAGAUUGUACGCACCAACCAGCCCAGCUCCGCUGUGCACUCCAGUGCUGUGCUGGGCACCAGUGCCUACAGCCAGAUGGCCCACUCCAUGAGCACCCGCCUCCCCCCCGACCUGGCCGAGCUGAGGGACGGGGUGAAUAUAUACCCCAGUGCCCUGGAAGGGAGGCCCACGCUGCAGGUGCAGGCCAGCCUCAGUGCAGGAGCACUGUACCAAUAUGGUGGGAUCCAGAUGGUCCCAAUGGAGGAUGAGCUCCCCCAGCGGCCCUCCUCAGCUUACCGGCCUGGAGGUCUGCGCUACGGCCAGGCCCCCCAGAUCAGCCGCAGCCAGUCAGCAGCGUACUACCCUGUCUCACCUCAGAUGGAGAUGGAGUUAGAGAUGGAGCACCAGGCGGCGCUGGGAUCACCGGAGAACCCCCACGGCCUGCGCCGACCUGUCAGUGCCACCAGCGCAGAGCCAAAGCCACACGCCCCCACUCCCCGGCCCCUCAUGCACUCCCAGAGCGUAGGCCUCCGCUUCUCCCCCUCCAACACAAGCCUGGGUGGGGUCUCUGCAGCUAAUCUAGCCCCAGGCUUCCGGGGCUCCACCUCGGCCCAGCAGAUGGAAAUCCCUCUACAGCUGUCCUACGAGGAUGGUAGCGUCUACUGCGACGACCUCUCGCCUGUGUCUCCUCCGCAGGGCAGCGACAUAAGGGUGGUGGGAGGGACGUACCCAGACAAGGCACUCCGCUCCAGAAACACACCUUUCAUGGGCGUUGUCGACAAGACGGCGCGGACUCACCAGUACCUGCCACCACAACCGCAGACAAUAGGGCGCUCCUGGGCCAUCUCUUCCCUGGACACGGUGGUGACAAGCUCCGCCACGUCUCCAGGGAACAUUGGCCCCCAGCAUGGCUACAGCCAACAGCCCAGCCUGGGACACAUCGCCUACUACAACCGCACCAACAACGCCCACAACGGACACCUCCUGGACGAAGACUACUACCAGCCGCCAGCUAACAGCUCACGGGAUGGCAGGGCAGACGGCAUGGGCCGUGUGAGCCAGGCGCCAUCCUACCCAGACGUCAAGGUGGCCCGGACGCUGCCUGUGGCCCAGGCCUACCAGGAGAGCGAGUACAUGCAGCACUCCAGGGACAGGCAGGGCCCCACGUCCCCUAUCAAACCAAAGAGACCUUUCGUGGAGUCAAACGUUUAGGGAGGGACUGAGGGAGAGGACUGAUAAGCCUGCAGAUAUUUUAAUUUGCAAUGACUUAGAGACAACCUCAAGGGUAUGUGAUGAGACUGGGAAUGCAACACCUCUGCAGACAAACACAUUUAAACUCUCCUCCCAUGCAUCUUCUUUGCCUCUGUCCUUCACAGCCAUUUUCUAUGGAUGAAUACAGGAAAACCUAAAACUGCAGUUUGCCAGGUGAAUCCAAAACCUCCAGUACUCCAGAAUAUGUUGGCCUUCUGUUUGCAGAGUAGUUUGUAUAGUCAAAGUGGAGGGGGCAGGGAUGAUCCACAACUUUAGGAACUAAAGCCUGUAGGAGGACUAAUACCACACACCCUGACCUGGAAACCUCCAGAUCUCAAGCAGGGGAGACUGCUGCCUGCCGUUUUCUCCCUGCCCCUGAAUGCCUGUCCUGGGAUGGUCAGACUCAAGUCCAAACUCUCAAUGCCUUCUUCAGAACAACUCAAUAGAAGGCCGCCCUUCACUAAGAUGACCAUGUUCUCUGCUGUAAAUGUGACUGAAAAGAGACUUCAACAUACUUGUACAUAGGAAAAGCAACAAAAAAAAGAAAAGUAAUAUUUAUCAUUUAAGUUAUGUUUGUAAAUACAUUAUAUAUAUUAUUUCCAUUGGAUUGUAUAUUUUUUUUUUUGCUCAAGAAGUGACAUGCAGCAGGCUUUGUGAAGCUUUUGGGAAACGGGCAUUUUUUAAUUUCCAAUAACUUGAAUGUUUCCUUUUACAGUUGAAUUAUCUCUACCAGACAAAUCUGCAGUUAUUCAAACAUAACACUGUACUACAUACACUUUUGGCCACUAAAGGGUCAAAGAUGUUGGCAGCAUGCACACAUGACUUCAAAUGACCGAAGUGGUCAUUGAAGGACUAUUUUCAUCCGUCCACAAAAUGCUUUCCAUAAAACAAUGGUUACACUUUCUUUUACAGUGCAUUUUCAUGAAACUAGAUAAGUUUUGAAAAAAUACAAUGAAGAAAGUCGUGUCAAGACUAGGCUACAUUACAUGGUUGGACUAGAUUAUGAUCUAUCUAUACAAGGUUGUCAAUUGUGAUGGAUUUCAUACAACACAAUUACAGUGCAGUUUACCCACCAGUUUGGUAACGCCCUUUAUCCCCUACUGGCACUUAGUAUGAACAACAAUCAGUUAAACAGAUACUUCUCUUACAAGAACAUAUGAACCCCUUAUCUGUGAAGUUUACAUUUUUAUUUACUGUAGUCUUCAUUCUUGUCUUUGUUACUUUAAAAUGUCAAACAUUUAGGCUAACAGUUUUAUUUGUAUUUAUUUAUAAUUAUUUACUGUGUAUUGGUGUGCUUGGUAAUAGGUGGAGCCUCUGCGAUCGGAUUGGUUCAUAAACACUCCAACCUGGAAUUUGAAGGAAAUUAAUGAGCCAGUUGAUUGGAUGCACCGCUUGUUAAUAUCAAAGGUUAACCCUACAUCUGAGCCUGUUGCAGGAGGGACUUAUCCCUACAGUCAAUACCCUCUCCUGUCUGGAUUAACACCCAAAAUAACAUUUAUUUUUAAUAGUUUGUGUAAAUAAUUGUACAUGCUGUGCUGCAUAGAAAUGCAUGUUUGUUCUCUGCUUACUCCCAUGCUGAUAUAAACAUGUAAUAUUUGGAGAGAGAGGCAGAGUACAGGGCGCAGGAACUGAUGGAACAGCCAUCUUUUUUUUCUCUUGGAAGGAGAAGGCAUUUUUCCUUUUUAGUUUUUUUGGGCUUGCUGAGCAGAGUUCUGUAAAUUGUCUGUAUAUGUGAGUUGUGGUGUUUUGAAACGAGAAGUUAAUAAGAAACAUGCGUUUUUAACCCAGUUAAGCGAUUGUAAAAUGUACUUAUUUAAAAAUGGUUACCACGUCAAAGAAAAUAAAUGUGGGUCGGCUCUUUUACUUUUA